AUGGACCCGGACGAGUUUGUCGGCGACUCGCAGUCGGAAGACGAUUCGUUCUGGAAUGAAGUCGACCAAAUCACUCAGCUAGCCAUGGAGAAGGUGACAUCGACGACCUUGACAAGUGUCUCUGCGGCAGUGUCUCCUACGCCUGCAUUAGAUGUCGUUGCUGCUCUUGAUGGAAUGGUCGCCGAAUCGUUGCCACGCAGGUUCAACGAAGGUGAUUUGGUUGAAGUGGAGAAUCGGACAUGGCCUGGUAUCAAUAAGAUCGGUGGAGCGGCUCGAGUGACCCGAGCAUACGACGAGGAUGGCAUGGCGGUGGUGGACGUCCGAUACUUCCUAGGCGGGUCCGAGCGCGCCGUAGCUAUCGAGUACGUGCAGCCAUCGGCCAUUUUCGAGAAGAAGUCGCGUCAGCGUCGAUCCCGCAACUUUUUUCACGACGAGUUCGCAGACGAAUACCUUCCAUCGCGCCGGCAGUUGGUCGACACCACCACAUUGGACACCAUCACCCGAGCGCCGCCCGCAACCGAUCCGACCAUCGAAACGGUCGAUGUCCACACCAAACCUGCUGCUCGAAAGGUUGCCAAGAAGACUGUCGCAACUGGGGCAUCUACAGACCUCACAAACGACACUUUUGACCGAGAUAGUAGCAUGAGCGACGACGACGACGAUACUCCGCUGUAUCGACGCUUCCACAAUCUGGGAAAACUGGUCAAGCCAUCCACAGCUCCCACCCCCGCCACACGUCAGGACUUGCCUACCGACACACAUCGUAGCCAUGCAUUAACCGACGGGAUAACAUCUGUGCUCGAGUCCCACUCAGUUGGGCCCUCCCCGUCCGCCGAGAACGUCGGUGCCCGAGCUCCGUCAUCGCCAGUGACAAUAGAUUUGUGGUCUUCAGACGACGGUGACGACAGUCGGUUGUCACCGCAGCGGCGGCGCCACCACCACCCCCACCUCCCACGACGCCAUAAGAAGCGGAAGCGGCGCCACUUUGUCGGUGGAUAUGACGGCGACAACAACUUUAUCCAGCCAGAAGACAACGCGAUGGACUUGCCCGACGAUGUCCAGCAAGACACGGGGUUCGCCCUGGCCAAAACGACCAAGGAGCUCAAGCUCCAGUACCAGCAGCAUGCGACAGCGUUUGAACUGGCGUUGCAGACGUUUGAAUCGAUGCGCAGUGGCCAGAUCGACGCGUCGUCCAACUUGCGUGAGCUCGAACGAUUCCACAAGCAGCACCUCGUGCGAGAAGAAGACAUUGUCGACGCCAUCUUGCGAAAGCUCGAAGCCAACGGCAAGUCUGUUAGCGCCGUGGAAAACCUCAAGCAUGACCAGCGCAAAAGCCAAGUGAACGAAUACGCGGUGUGGGUCAAGGGACGACGAGAGUCGGCUUUGGCGGUGGAUCCAACCUCGGAGGACGAAGGUUCUGGCGGCAGCUUGUCGUCCGAGUCGUCGGAAGCUGGUUCGGACAGAUGGCGGCAAUCUCGUCCGACAAUCGAUCGACCAAGGCGCGCCAAGUCGGCAACAACAGUUGCAGCGAGCAGCCUUUCAAGCGACGAGUUAUCCGACAGCGACGGCAAUGAACGAGUACGGGGGGCAGCCUCGACCAAGCCACAGGCCAACACCCCGCGGAUGUUUUCAGCGGAAGAAUCGAUACCAAACAUGUUGUUUCACGCGUCUAUGCAUCGAAAUGGCCGACUCGAUGAUCAAAGUAGUAAACCCCUACUUCGACGGCGAAAACCAAGUGCUUUUACGUAUACACGACAGACGAACAAACUGCCAGAAUCGAUACACUCGACCACAUCCAUCGACCGGGAGGAGUACCUGCCGCGAACGAUCCGCAACAUCCCGCCUUCGAUUUUGGCAUCGUCCGAGUGGAAUUGGAAGGGCCUUCUCAGGCACAAGCGACGAGCUAGCCAGCAACACGAGGGGACCGGCGCCCCACGAACCAAACGCCAUUCUUCAAAGCACCCUUCCAAGUGGAAACUCAGAGUGUACCGAGCCCCUGUCCACCCUGGGGGCCACAGCACAGCCACCAACCUGCGCCGUCCCCAACACAAGCAACCUCCAGUGUUAAACAGCCCUCCCCCCACCCCUGCACUCGGCACCCACGACCUUGACCCAGCAGUGUCAAGCAUCUUGCAAUACACGUCGGACGUGAUUCCAAGUGGAUGGCAGCCGACGCAGGACGAGUUGGCCUUGCUCAAGACAGUGUUGGUCGUGCCAGACGCUCAAUCGAGUCUGAACUUGCCGCCUUGGUACCAUUCUCCGCUGCCAUUGUUUGCACGAACGUUGGGGCUUGUGACCAAGCUCAUACGGACCCUACGACAUGGGUUGGUAGACUUGCAACAUGCUGAAGGAACGUUCAUGGAACAACAAGCUGGCGCGUCAGAGUUAAUUGAAGUCGCUACGCUGGAGCGCAUGAGCCAGAAAUGUACGGCGCUCAUGUCCGAGUUGUAUCGCCUGCAUACAACGCUCGAGCCAAUCAACUUGGACGAAAUCCGAUGGUUACUCGACAGCCUUCCCCGCAUCCACACCCUGUUGGCAACUUCGCCGUCAUAUUACUUUUACUUUGAACGAACCGAGUCAUCGUCGACUGUGUUUCUCCACACCAUGUGUACGCUGUAUCGGCAUGCACUCGACAUGGACCCCCCUGGUAUGCUGGACCGCACGCUGCUGUUUCUGAUCGAGUACCAUAUGCACUUUACCCCGGUUGGCAAGGAGGCGCGGUCGGUGCUGAGUCUGUGGCAGUGUGUGUUAUCCCACCAGCCAGAUUUGUGGUCAACCCUGUGUUUCCAACACUUGGCUCAAAAUCCAACGGUGAAAGCACUCGCCAAGUCGGUGUACCCCCACGCGACCACAGGUCCUGAGAUCGACAUGCUCGUUCGUGAAACCAUUUGGGACGUCGUCGUGUGGUUGUCCCCCAUGCCCGACAAAACGUUAGCCUCAAAUUGGAUGUUGGUGGGGGGGUUGCUGUCUGGGUCAGACGCGCUGCCAUUUUCACACACGUUUCGCGCAUCCAUAACAUCGGACGCUCUGAUUGAAAUGUAUCGGCAGCGCAUCUUGCAACGGAUGCUCGUGUUGUCUGCUGCAUGGGCGCCGAGUCACGUCCCCGUGGUGAUGCUCGUGCUAAAGCUGAUGCAGUCGCCGCCGCGGAUCAAAUCCCCACGGUUACCUUCGUUUCUGAUGGAACUGGCGCUCGAACCGACCGAGCGCGACGCCAUUCUGACUUACGAUAUCGACGCGAGUGACUGCAGCGACUUGAUGGGUCGUGUGAUUGUGAUGCAAAUGAUCCAAUUCGACAAACCCGUACUUCGAAACCGGUUUCGCCACCCCGUCUUGAAUGCGCUCAAGCACCAGCCAAGGCAAGACCAGUCUACAGCUGAAACGACCAAGUGGAACUGGACCAACCCCAUGCAAAAGCCAGCGGACCCCCUGCCCCCCGCCCCUCCAAGUGUAGAAUCGCCGUCCCCCAAUCAUGUUCGCCACAUUGUGCUCGUCAGCAUGGUUCUUGCGACCAUCAUGACAGACGAGCUCAAGUCGUUCAAACGAGAUUUGACCUUCUACACGAACGAAAUCCUGCGCGCAGCAGCUCCUGGCAACCCCACGACGGCGAUGCAUGCGCUGUGGAUCAUUAUGACAGCCAUGAAGGCCCAUCUUCCGUUGAUGCCGUCGUUGCUCAGCGCAUGCAAUGACUUGUUAGUUCAAAUGACCAAACAAUCAUCCCCCCAAGAGUCAGUCGACGCGAUAGAGUUCGCGCUGCACUGCCUUCUCCAAGUCGCCAAACACUUGGUUCAAACUGCCGUGGACUCGACAUCGCUGCGUCCGUUGGCUGAGUGUGUCCAGGGCAUCCUCAACACUGGAUUUGACCAUGUGCUGCAACUAUGCUUUAAAAAAGUGCUCCCCCGGUCUGUGCUGUCCAUGGCAACGUCGAUUCUAGUGUGUUUAUGCCCGCACACGCCCAUGACACCUCCACCAUCUCCAUCUACUGAAUUCGACGAGUUUGACGAUCCCGAAGAGAUGGCGCUCUUGGCAUCGUUGGACGCUGUCAACUCGUCCACAUCUGGCAUCGUUGUGACCUUGAACUACCGCCACGUCCUUGCCGAGUGUGCCGACGGCGUCGUCAAGUUGCUGCGUGUGAGUUUGCAAAGGUUGGCUUUGCAAGAAUUUGCGUCGACCGCCGUCCUCACGGCCGUGGGCGUGCUACUAGCCCACGCGACCACGUUCCAGUGGGACAUUCUCCAAGCCUCUUCGACCGGCCCGACGGUGUUUGUGUUUUCACGGGUGCUCGCGACUGCGAUAUCCAACGGUCCGACCCAUUACAUGGAGCAUUUCCUGGCCACACACAACAAGCCCGACGUCGCGCUUGUCCAAGUGUGGCUGUUGACGUUGAUGGACCCGUGUCCAACGUACUGGAACGCGUGGGCAGGGCGGUUCUCGAGCUGCUCGCAACCAGCGACGUCGUUGCUGCAUGUCCUGACUGGUUGCACCGUCACCUUGACUUCGAAGUCGUCGUCGUUCGGUAUGCAAUAUGACCAGCGAACUAGCGCGUUUCGUCGGUUUUGCACCAAUGUACUCGACCGGUACAACUCGGCCGGCGGUGACCACGCCAAUACUUUGCGAUCCAUUGUACUGGACUUGCAUCACGGGGUGCUAGCGUCGUGGGUGGACGCGUGCAGUGCGUCGUUGCAGUCGCUUUGCAAACACACGUCGCCCGACUGGACGUACCUUGAAGCACUGUUUGCCGACUCGGGCGACUAUCGACAACACGAAAAGCAAUGGGUGGCGUCGCCGUCGGUGAAAUCAAAUGCGACGCUGGCGACGAUUCAGUACUGCCACGUCGUGUACGCGUACCUGUCGAGCGUGUUUUCGGUCUGGGGCGGCCUCGCGAGAGGCACACACUUGAUCUUUGCCACGUUUUUGCAAGAGUUCUUCCCGUGUGCUGCGUAUGCCCAGCAUGAUCACGCCGCCGCCCACUUGUUUGCGUCCACAUUGCUCUUUCGAACCAAACCCACGGCCAAGUCCAACUGGUUUGGCAGCAAACUCGACAAGCCGUGGGUGUCGGCCGUGGAAACGCUGCGGUCGUUCUUUUCCAUAAGCGUGGCGCCGUCGCUCUUGACAUGGGUGGCCACGACUGCCCCAGCGUAUCACCUGUACACUGGCGGCUACGCAUCGUCCCCACUGCGGACAUUUGUGCUCAACGUGCUAGACCCAGAGGGACCUCUGGGAUUGGCCAGCUACUAUCCAAUCGUGGACGCCCACGUGGCGUUGUCUCGUGUCAAGCGUGAAAGCGACUACGUGGCGUGCGGGCUAUAUGAUUGUCCGAGCCACCAACCCCCACACCAUUCGAACGACUCGAACAACCAAAACGCCCUUCGACUGUAUCUCCUAAACGUGAGCAUGCCGCAGUACGUGCAAUCGCUUCAAGACGUGGGCGACCUGUGUCCGGUGCUGCAGCUUCUCCGUGCCAGUGCUUGUCACGCCAACCAGUACUGUGGCCACGAGCUAACCCCCGUCGACUUUGUCGUGUCACUCCAGGCGUGUGUUGAGGUGCUGCUGCCCACGUUCGCCUGUGACCUCACUGCCACCAUGUGUGUACUUCACGUGGAACUCGUCGAGUGGGUAGAACGUUGUCUCGAAGCGAAUAAAACAGUGGGCGACCCGACCAUGGAGGCCAUGGUGCAGCUAGUGGUGCUGCGAAGUCUGAAACUAUGGUCGCUGCUCGAGCCUGAAAAGGGCAUCCCCGUGCGACUUGAGCACGAACACGAGUUUAUGCGCAUCCACCAUCGUUUAACCGACCAGUGCAGCUUCACAUUCCGGACGUUGCCGUCGCGGACAGGGUCAAGUGGUUUGAAUGUGUUUCGAGCCAAGGGCGACGUGUUGGCGACUGUCAAGCGAUUCGUUAGGGUCGCCCAAGCGAGUGGAGACAGCACCGUACGCCGCCUUGUGUCGUCAGAUUGAAAGUCGUCAUCCUUCCCACCUUAUUCAUUGGAUUCUCAUGCACGGUAUCAUUGAUAACAGAGUCAUGUGACAGUGUUCUGUCGAUGGUCAGCUACAACGUUGUCCUUCUUCAGCAUCCCGAGCCCAUACCCGAGAUACUUGGACCCUUGCGUGUCACUACAAAGAACGACUGGACAUUCGAAUACACAC